UUGCAACCGUGAGUAGCAAAUAUAUUUGAAGUUUUCAAUCCGAUUUAAAUUAAAUAUGUAACAUAAUAAUUUUCUUACCUCGACAGAUAAUUACUAAAUAAUGUUAAAUUUAAAUAAUUAAGAGGAUGGGUGGGCUGGGCGGUGCUGGCGCGGUGUUGGCGGCAGAGAUCUUCGCCCCACUACUACUUCUCUGUUGGCUUUGCUGCUGGCCUGAUGACGCCUCAGAUACAAGUUCUGGCAAAUACCCCGCGAGACCUGCCAUUACCAAUGGAUCAUCAGGCUCUCACCGACUGAGCGAACUGUUUGGUCGAAGGUGCGGUAGCAGUGCGAUAUCUUUACAUUUACCUAGCACUUCUGGAACCACAAAGCAGUCGUUAUCAGCUCAUAGGAGUCAUGAAGAAAUCCAUGGCCGUCACCGCUCGCAGUUAGAUGUAAGCGAAGAAGACAGCCGCUACCACUCUGCCCCCAGUGUCAUUCACGAAGUAUUACAUCGCAGGGACUGGGAGCGCUCUACCAAGGAACUUUACAUUCCUCUCAGACCAGAGAAAGUAACAUUAUCCCCCACCUCACCUACUGGUUCAUUCAUGUCUCUGGAUAGCCUUGAGCAAUGUGAAGAAACAGACCAACGAGUCUCAAAAACUUGCAAGAAACAUUUUACUAAUAUUAAAUGCUCAAAAAAAAAAGAAACCGACGACGAUAUCAAGGAUGAUGAUGCGACCGAAAUAUCUAGCUUCUAUAUUGGCGACAAUGGUGCGGGUCCAAGUGUUUCAGAGAGGCUAGAAGAGCUUGAUAAAGAUAUGAUAGAAGAUAACAAUGAAGCCGUCGGGCCAUCGGGUAAGGACGCUAAACUAUAUAAGCAUAAAGAAACUAAGCAAAGUUUAAAUGAAUGCAUUAAAAGUAAAGAUAGAAUGAGAUUGGUACCAGUAGAAGAGUUAAUCGUGUCUAGGUUUGAGAGCGCGGCUCUCGAUAGGUCAGGGGCGCAGCACCACGGGGCAAAUUCGGGAGCUGAACUUGUCAGCGCUCGUUUAAUGCCACCGCCAUCUGUCGAACCUUUAGGCUAUGCAUCUGACACAUUAUACCUAGAGGAGGAAGCGUGGGGUGCCGCGCCAAGCUCGGGACUGACUUGGUCACCACCCGCUGAAGGCUUCAUGCGUGCCCGCCACGCUAGUGCCGGUGAUGUGUUAGCACCCACACACCGCCCGCAGUCAGGAGCACUCUCGGAAAGUGAUAUAGACUUUGAGCUCGAGGCGCGUGACGAAUUGCCGCCUCCAUACCACGAGGUGCAUCUGCUCAAACACAGAAAUGAAACAGCAAUAUAAUUCCACAGCAGCAAUUAUUUAAAGUUGACACGUUCAUUGUUCAUAAAUACUUUAUUACGAAAGCUUUGUAAAAACUUAACUACUAAACAAAACUGCACUAAGAUGUCAAUAAAUUAAAGUAUUUUUAUAGUAUAGCGCUCAACUGAGCAAUUAUUUAUUAGGUAACAUUAGAAAUGUGUAGCCAAGUUCAAUUAUCUAUCAAUAAUCUGUGAAUUUAGUAUUUUAAUUCAAUCCUAUUUGU